UACGGCUACAGGAAAAACAGAAAAUAACAUCCCUUCACUUUAGAGGAACAUUUUGUAACUGAACGGGAACAGCAGAACUUAUUGGAGAGAUUAUCAGGACAACACAGAAAGAGCUCAAAGGAGGAUGGCUGAGGGAGGUGCAGUGAACAUGCAAAUGCUGCAUGAGUCAUUUAAGAAGUUCGCGGCCUACGGAGACACCAAAGCAACCGGCAAUGAAAUGACUGGAAAAAACUGGGCCAAGCUGUGCAAAGACUGCAAAAUCGUUGAUGGCAAAAACAUCACCUCAACAGACGUUGACAUUGUCUUUUCGAAAGUGAAGGCCAAAACAGCUCGCAUAAUCACCUUUGAAGAGUUUAAAAGUGCUCUGGCAGAGCUGGCGCCAAAGAGAUUCAAAGGCCACACUAAGGAGGAAGCUACCGCGGCUGCUUACAAGCUGGUUGCAGGGAAAGAUCCAGCAAAUAUUGGUGUAACGAAAGUAACGAAGACUGGUGCUGUUAACAGGCUGACUGACACAUCCAAGUAUACAGGCUCCCACAAGGAACGCUUUGAUGAAGGUGGAAAAGGCAAAGGGAAGAUUGGUCGAGAGGACAUGUUAGAGAAUACAGGUUAUGUGGGAGCCUACAAAGGAGCUGGAACAUAUGAUGAAAAGGCAAAAGGGAAAUCAUGUUAAAAGUUAUUUCUGGUUUAUUUGGCUUGUUAUAAAUGGGGGAAAUGGUUUGGUUAACCUGCUGAAGACUUAGUAAAAUAUAUAGUCAUUCAGCUUUAACGAGCUUUUAGUUGAAAGUAACUAUAAUAUAUAACAUGAUUUUCAGUAUGGAAACACCAGAUUUAUGCUAAAUCUUUAUAUAAUUUAUGUAGAAAUUAGUCCUUUAAAAAUAAACAUUUAAUGCCUAUGUUAAACAUAAAUGGAAUAUUUUUGUGCAACACACACAAACUAUUGGAGGAGCUUUGCAAGUCAGCCAGCAUUUUUUGAGGAGUAUAAACAAUCGAUGUUUAAGGCCAAGAUCCUUCAACAGGACUGAUGGUCUGUUUUGAUGAAGACUCUCAGACCGAAAUGUCAGUUGUGAAUUCCUCUCCAUGGAUGCUGCCCGACUUGCUGAGUUCCUCCAACAAUUUUUGUGCAUUGCUCAAUAUUUCCAGCAUCAGCAGAAUAGAGUGCUGGAGUCAUAGAGCACUACAGCACAGAAACAGGCCCUUCAGCCCAUCUAGUCUGUACUGAACUGUUAGUCUGCCAUUGAACCCAUAUGCACCACUCUGCUGGCAACUCGUUACACACUCGCACCACCCUCUGAGUGAAAAAGCUCCCCCUUAAGAUCCUCUUAAAUAUUUCACCUCUCACCCUUAACCUAUGACCUCUAGUUCUAGUCUCACCUGACCCCAGUGGAAAAGGCCUGCUUGCAUUUACCCUACCUAUACCCCCUCAUAAUUUUGUAUUUCUCUGUCACAUCUCUCUUCAUUUGCCCAUGCUCCAGGGAAUAAAAUCUAACCUAUUCAACCUUUCCCUAUAACUCAGGUCCUCAUCCUUGUAAAUUUUCUCUGACCUCUUUCAAUCUUAUUGAUAGCUUUCCUGUAGGUCGGUGACCAGAACUGCACACAAUACUCCAAAUAUGGCCUCACUAAUGUCUUAUACAGCUUCAACAUAACAUCCCAACUCCUAGACACAGUACUCUGAAUUAUGAAAGCCGAUGUAACAGAAGAUCUUACAGCCCUAUCUAUCUGUCAUGCAACUAAGCUCACCUGUCUCAUUUACAAUGCUCCCUGUAUCGAAAUAGGUGCAACUCAGGAUUAUUCGUGCCACAUUUGAUCUUUCAGUACCUGUCGUUGUACGUGGGCUGAACAUCUACUUUCUCCACAGCCACUCUUCUACCUCCCCUGGCACUCUGCUUCCCAUCCCUUUGCAGCUCUCAUUGGAUACUGGCCUUCCUCCGGUUCAGGUGCAAACUACCCCGUCUAUACAGGUCCCAGCUCCCCUGGAAGAGAGUCCCAUUCCAAAACUCUGAAACCCCCUCGCACACUAUCUUCCUAUAUCCAGCCUCACUAGCACAUGGCAUCGGUAGCAACAUUGAGAUCAGUACUCUGGAAGUCAUGUCCUUUAACGCCCUGAGCUCAGUUUGCAGGACCUCAUCACCCUUCCUGCUCAUGUCAUUGGUACCUCCUCCUUAAGAAAGUUAUGGACUUGAUCUGAGAUGUGAGGCAUCCUUCUAUCUGGGAAUCUUGUUUUUACCCAUGUAACCUCCUGUCUGUUGCCCUAACCAAUGAAGCCACUAUCACUUGUUUGCCUCUUAACUCCCUUCCCACUUUGCUUCUAAGGUACAGACACAGAUUCAGUGACAAAUACAGUACCCAAACCUGUUAUUGAUGGAAACAGCCAUAGGAAUGCCUUGCACAGGCUCCCUCUCCCCUUUCCCCCCUCCUGAUGGUCACCCAGUUGCCUGUGUCCUGCACUUCAUCUCCCUGUAUCUCCUGUCAAUCAGCCCCUCCUUCUCCCGAAUAAUCAGAAGGCUGUCCCGCUCCAGUUCCCUAACACGGUCUGUAAGAAGCUGCAGCUGGAUGUACUUCUUGCAGGUGUAGUUGCCCAGGACACUGGAGGUCUCCAUGCUCUCCCACAUCCUGCAGGAGAAGCUCUACUGGAGGGUGGGGGGGGGAGAGAGAGAGAGAGAGAGAGAGAGAGAGUGAGAGAGAGAGUGAGUGAGAGAGAGAGAGAGAGAGAGAGAGAGUGAGAGAGAGAGAGAGAGAGAGAGAGAGAGAGAGAGAGAGAGAGAGAGAGA